GAACGAGAGGCCCGCCAUGCGGCCAUCACCCCCGACGAGUGGGACCACCAUGACCUGAUGGCCCAAGCCUAUCCUGACUACCCUCAUCCAUUUUUGGAAGAAGAUUACAUUCAGCAUGCCAAAAACAAAGGUGAAAUGACGCUCCUGAUCGCCUGCCAGCCCAUGCGCGUGGACGGUUACAAUCCCACCACACGCACCGUCUACGAAUUCCACGGUUGUUUUUUCCACGGGUGCCCUGCCUGUUUUCCGAACCGCCAAGUCCAGAUCCGGAUGCUCGAUCGCCAGACCAUGCAUGACCUGUACCUUCGCACCCAGGCGAGAGACCAAGCCAUCGUUCAGUCAGGGUACGCUCUCCAAACCAUGUGGGAGUGCGAAUGGAAACGUCUCAAGGCCAGCCGCGAAGAUAUCCAAGGGUUCGUGGACGGGUUGGAGUUCGUAGACCGCCUAGAACCUCGAGACGCCUUUUAUGGGGGGCGUACUGAAGCCGUGACCAUGCAUGCCGUGGCUGAUCCAGACCAAGGGGAAUCCAUUCAGUACUUGGAUUUUACCUCUUUGUACCCCUUUGUCAACAAGAGCUGCGUUUACCCGGUAGGCCAUCCAGUCGUCCUGACACAACUGGAGUCCACCGACCUGACGCCAUACUUUGGUUUGGCCAAAGUCACCGUGCUGCCGCCGUAUGGGUUGUACUUGCCCGUGCUGCCCUACAGAGCCCAAGGCAAAUUACUCUUCCCAUUGUGCCGAGCCUGCGUCGAAGCCGAAUUGGCCAAACCCCUCUUAGAAAGGAGUCGUGACUGCCCUCACGCGGACAGAGAUCGCGCUCUGACGGGUACGUGGACCACCAUCGAAUUGGAAGAAGCCCUCGCCCAAGGCUACGAUGUAUUACAAGUCCACGAGAUCUGGCAUUUUCCACACACUUCGACCCAAUUGUUCACCCAAUACAUCAACACCUUCCUCAAAAUCAAACAGGAAGCCGAUGGAUGGCCAGCCAGCGUAGGUACAGAUGCAUUAAAACGACAGGAAUACUUAGCAGCCUACCUGGAACACGAAGGGGUCCAGUUAGAGUACGCGCAGAUCGAGAAGAAUCCCGCGAAACGAGCCUUAGCCAAAUUGAUGCUCAAUAGUUUUUGGGGCAAAUUUGGCCAGGCCAGCAACAAAUGCCAAGUGGAAAGCAUUUCCAGUCCUGCCAAGUUUCAUCAACUCCUCAACCAAGAUGAUGUCCACAUCCACGCCAUCCGUGUGGUCAACGAAGAGAUGUUAGAAAUCGUCUAUAAUAAGAUUACGGAAGCCGCACCCAUCCAGCCUCACAUCAACAUUUUUAUCGCCGCCUUUACCACCGCCCAUGCCCGUCUGCAUUUGUAUCGUCGAGCCUUGUUCCUGUUACAGCCCCAGCAAGUUUUGUACAUGGACACGGACAGCAUCAUUUACAAACAUGCACCAGGGCAACCCACCCUCGAAACAGGAGCGUACCUGGGCCAGUUCAAAAAUGAAUUAGACGAGGGAGAUACCAUCACGGAAUUCGCCACGGCUGGUCCCAAGAAUUACGGCUACGUCACUCUUCAAGGCAAAGUGGAAUGCAAGGUCCGAGGCUUUUCCCUCAAUGCCCGCGGUCAAGAACAAUUGAACUUUGACAUUUUAAAACGCAAUGUCCUCGACGAACUUCGGCAUCCUCAAGCCCAGGCGAGAUCCAUUCCCAUCUUCAACCCCCACAAGAUCGUGCGGGAUGACACAACCAAGCGACUCCAAACGAGGGCCGAAAUUAAGCGCUAUCAGUUGGUAGCGAGCAAACGCGUGGUGGACCCCAGCACCUUUCAUUCCUAUCCGUAUGGCUUCACGCCCGCUCCACAAGACGGUAACUUCAGUGAUAAUGACAGUGUAUUUUCCCUUUAA